AUGGCGCUCCGGGCGUACUCGUUCUGGAUCUUUGAUCGCCACUGCGAGGCGAUCUACUACCAGGACUGGUCGCACCUGCACCAGCAGGGGCCGUCCAGUGCCGCGUCGUCGUUUACAUCGUCCAUCUCCUCGACAUUGCAGCGCGUGGGCGGCGCGCAGGUCGACACAGACAAGCCGGCCACUGAGGCGCUGGUGCGCGCGCGCGGCGAGGCGCUCGAUGGCGUGAGCCGCUCCGUGCAGUCGGACGCGAGUCAGCCGGCGGACGCGCGCCUCCUCCCGCUGGACCAGGAAGCCAAGCUCAUCUAUGGUGUGGUCUACUCGCUGCGCCACAUGGUGCGCAAGCUGGGCGGCCUGGACGAGACGUUCCACAACUUUUCCACAUCGACUUAUACCCUCACACACAUGCAGACGCCGACCAUGUACACGCUCGUGCUCGUGACCGAUCCACCGCCCACGCGCUCGGACAAGGGGCCCCUGGCCGGUCUCGCAGGCACGAGCCCGAUUCCCGGCACCAAUGGCAUGACGCUGCGCGGCGUGCUGCGCGAGCUGUGGCGCGGUCCGUGGGUGCAGUAUGCGGCAGGGCACCCCCUUGUGCAUGCGACGGAGCGCGAGGCAUAUGGGCCGGCGUCGGCAGACGCGCCGCGCUGCGCACGCACGCGCGGCAUCGACAAUGAUGCGCUGCGCGACGCGAUUGAGCAGGUACUGGUGCAGUACAAGCUGCUUCCGCCAUAG